GGAUUAAAAAAGAAAGACAACUUUUCAUCAAUGGCCUCUUUUGGAUAUUUCCUGUUUCUUUGUGGGUUGAGUCAGGCUCUGUCAAGUUACCCAAUCUGGUGGUCCUUGGCAAUUGGUCACCAGUAUUCCUCCCUGGGGACUCAGCCCAUCCUCUGUGGGAGCAUCCCGGGACUGGUACCCAAGCAGCUACGCUUCUGUCGGAACUAUGUGGAGAUCAUGCCCAGCGUAGCAGAAGGGGUGAAGAUUGGGAUCCAGGAGUGCCAACACCAAUUUCGAGGGAGAAGGUGGAACUGCACAACCGUUAAUGACAGCUUAGCCAUCUUCGGGCCCGUGCUAGAUAAAGCUACCAGGGAAUCGGCCUUUGUGCAUGCCAUUGCCUCUGCUGGAGUGGCUUUCGCAGUGACCAGAUCCUGUGCCGAAGGCUCAGCCACCAUCUGCGGCUGUGACACCCGCCACAAGGGCUCUCCUGGGGAAGGCUGGAAAUGGGGGGGCUGCAGCGAGGACGUGGAGUUUGGGAGCAUGGUGUCUCGGGAGUUUGCAGACGCCCGAGAGAACAGACCAGACGCUCGGUCUGCCAUGAACAGGCACAACAACGAAGCUGGAAGGACCUCUAUUAUAGAACUCAUGCAUCUUAAGUGCAAAUGUCACGGCCUCUCAGGCAGCUGUGAAGUGAAGACCUGCUGGUGGUCUCAGCCAGACUUCAGGGUCAUCGGUGACUACCUCAAGGACAAGUAUGAUAGCGCUUCUGAAAUGGUGGUGGAAAAACAUCGAGAAUCCCGUGGCUGGGUUGAGACCCUCAGGCCCAAAUACAACUUCUUCAAGGCUCCAACUGAGAAGGACCUGGUUUACUACGAGAACUCACCAAACUUUUGUGAGCCCAACCCUGAGACAGGUUCCUUUGGGACCCGUGACAGGAUCUGUAAUGUCACUUCCCACGGGAUUGAUGGUUGCGAUCUUUUGUGCUGCGGCCGUGGGCACAACACAAGGACUGAAAAACGGAAGGAGAAAUGUCACUGUAUCUUCCACUGGUGCUGCUACGUCCGCUGCCAAGAGUGCAUACGAGUUUAUGAUGUCCACACGUGCAAAUAAAGCAGGCA